AUGCAGAUCGGGCCUGCCUAUGGCGAGAUGUACGUGAACAUGGCCAAGGCAGAUAAAGAGAUCCAGAUGUUGAAGAGGCACAAUGAGAUGGCCAAUGACAAGAUAGCGGAGGCGCAGGAGGCCAUCCGGGAGAAGAACGCCUUGCUGUUGCAAAAGGCGGCGCUGGCCAGAGUGGUGGAGAAGCUGAAGCGGUCGAGGGCAGAGGAGGUAGCUGCUGCCCUGGCCGAAAUGGAGCAAAAGAAGGUCGAAGAGAUAGGUGCUGCCCGAGCCAAAGCGAUCGAGUCAUUUCGAAGUUCAGAGGAGCUGAAGAGCUACAUCAUGGAUCGGAUGGUGGCGAUGCAGCUACGUUGGGAGGAGAGGUUGGCGAGGUUUAAUCCUUCGGUAGAGAUUAACUUUGAUACGAGUGGCUAG